AUGGGGACUAAACGCGUGUCAGAAGCAGAGAGCUCUCAAAAUAGCUCCCAGAAUUCUAAGCGGAUAAAAAAGGAAAAGAAAGGAUCGCAAGAGAAAAAACAUGGCGAAACACGGACGAAUGGCUAUUCCGAGGACAAACUCCCAGUUCAGUUUCAGCUUAUACAGCUUCAAAGACUUACCCAAGAUUUACUCGCACAAUCAGAUAAUAUUGAAACUACGGAAAAAGAAAAUGCGAAAGACUUAAUAAAAGGGUUGAAACGUAUAAAUAAGGCGUUCGAGAGUUCAGAAAAUACGUCAACAAAUCAUACCAAACAGCUACCACUCCCGCAUAUACCGAGUGAUUUACCAACGCCGGCCGUCACACCAAAGGAUGUCAAACUACCACUGUUGCCUCCUAUUGGAGACGAAGCAUUGAAAACAGCUGUGUUUACACAUACCGGCAUCAUGGAACGAGGACCAAUUUCCACCCAAACCUCAGAGAAGACAUACGACAGGCUGGAGGUACUAGGAGAUGCAUAUAUCGAACUCAUCUCGACCAGAUUGAUAUGGGAGAACUUUCCCACCUUACCUGCCGGGAAAAUAGCACAAGCUCGAGAAACCAUGGUCAAAAAUGAAACAUUGGCUGAGUAUGCCAUAGCAUAUGGCUUUGAUCAGCGACUGAAGACCAGUUCGGAUAUAAGGAGUGUCCCGAAACGAUGGACAAAAGUAAUGGGCGAUGUCUUCGAAGCAUAUGUUGCAGCGGCAAUCAUAGCUGAUCCCAAGGGUGGGCUUCAGGCAGUAGAAAGCUGGCUGACUCAAUUGUGGCUGCCAAAACUCGCGGAAGUGAAGGUCCCUUUGGCAUCAGUGGCACUAGCGCAAGGCAGCAAGGCUUCUCUUAAAGACAAGCUUGCAGCCACUGUCAUGAGCAGAGGGAUUAAGCUGCAAUAUCUUGACGAGAAGCCACGUCAGCGUGAGGGUGGAUUGGUUACUUCUUUUAUUGGCGUUUACCUUACCGGAUGGGGCUACGAGAAGAAGCUCCUGGGAUCUGGCAGUGGUUUAAGCAAGUCUGAGGCUGGCAACGAGGCUGCACUCAAUGCUUUAAACAAUAAGCCUCUGAUUGACCAGAUCUCCGCGAAGAAACGCGAAUAUGACCAGAAGAUGGCAGCUCAGAAGGCAGCGGCAGCAGCCACAUCGAGUGCAGCAGAGACAAGCUAA